AUGUCAAAGUCCAUCGGCUUGCCUAGAAGACAGUCCAAGUACCUUACUUACAUCACCUUUUUGAGCAUUAUAGGGAUACUAUCAUAUGCAACUUUUAUAAGUCCGCACACAUACAUUGAGCAAUACUCAAAUAUCUUAAAGGCUGGUAGCUUUGCAUCGACUUCUAGCAAGAAUGACUACAAACUAGUUGGUUACCUCAAUGAUGAUCACAAUGACUUCAUGAUAGUCCAAAAGCAUUUGAACUCAGUGCUUACCAUCACAGACGACGAAACGAGCAACUUUUUGAAAUACAUGCAACAGAACCUCCUUAAGGAUUCAAGAGUAGAUGUGCACACUCUCGAAGGAUACGAUUACGAUCUGAUGAUGGAGAGACAACAUCAGUCGGUUAUCGACAAGAUGAACAUCACCGAUCUGAUCAAAUUCGAAAUGCAAGUUAAGUUUCAGCUUCGUUUCAAGCUGUUUUUUGAAGAGUUAAUUACCACCAUUCAAAAGUGCAAGCCGCUGGUUGAUAAAAUUGGUGAUGAUAAGCAUUACGACAAGGACAAGACCAAUGGCUACGAGAAUAGACUUGGGAAGAUUCCUUUAUACGGUGGCCAUACGAGAGAAAAUUACUUGGAAGAACCAGUAAGAACCGAAGAAAUGUUAUCGCUGUUUUUAAAAGUCUCCAACCAAGAAAAGGAUGCAUUGAAGAGGUCACAUAUGGAUUUCAUUUCCAAAUUGCCUCGUGAUUUUCCCCAGGACUUGUACGACUAUUCCGAGUACAAUGAUUUCAUGAAGGGUGAUGGAAUUGUCUACAUGGGUGGUGGAAAAUACAAUCAAUUAGUAUUGCUCUCGAUUAAGACAUUAAGAGAUACCGGGUCUAAAGUUCCUGUUGAAGUCAUUUUACCCAAGACUAAUGAUUAUGAUGUCAAGUUUUGUUUAGAAUUACUUCCAAGCUUGAACGGAAGGUGUAAAGUCAUGGCUGAUUAUUUACCGAAACUGUUCAUUGACCAAAUCAAAGGUUAUCAGUUAAAAAACGUUGCCUUGCUUAUUCUGUCCUUUGAAAGAAUUUUAUAUUUGGAUGCUGACAAUUUAUGUAUCAAAAACCCUGACAUUCUUUUCGUCAACAAACCAUUUGUGGACCACCAUCUUGUUAUCUGGCCAGAUUUGUGGAGAAGAUCUACUUCUCCUGUUUUCUAUGACAUAGUGGGCAUUGCAGUUGAUCCAAAAAACAAACUCAGAAACAGUUACUUCGGAAAUGAUCCUAAGGGCCAUCCAUUGGAGUCGGAGAAGUACUCCUACCAUGAUUGUGAGGGUACCAUACCUGACCCAUCUUCCGAAACUGGUCAAAUUUUGAUCAACAAAAAGGUGCAUGCCAAAACCUUAUUUUUAUCCUUAUACUAUAACUUCUAUGGUCCUGAUUAUUACUAUGCACUUUUAUCUCAGGGUGCUGCAGGAGAAGGUGACAAGGAAACAUUUAUUGCAGCCGCUCAUAAAUUGGGACUUAAGUACUACCAAGUGCAAGAGUUUACCAGAGAAUUUGGUCCUAUGCAUGCCACAUCAGGAAAACGUGAAUUUUACGGAAUGGGUCAAUACGAUCCUAUGAUCGAUUACCUUCAGUACAAUGGCAUUAGUGGGAAUGCACAAAAAGAGAAAAAGAGCUAUUUUAACGAUGCUAAGUUCGUACCAGCUAAAAAUGCAGGUGAUAAUAAGAUGGAUAAUUAUAAAUACCAUUUGUUUAAAUCAUCACAAUUGUUCUUCUUGCAUGCCAACUGGCCAAAAUUGUACCCGGACGAUUUAUUCAUUAGAAGAAAGGAAAACAGAGUUCCAUUCCUUAACGAUCUAAGAAGAAGAUUGUAUAAUCACGAUUUGGUAAAAGAAUUGAGAGGAUACGAUUUUGAAGCGGUCAUUUUCAAAAACUUACAUUGGUUGGUGUGUGAUUUGAAGAUUGAAGAAAAUGGUUUGUCUGAAUGGGGAUCGGAAGACCGUAAGAAGAUUUGUGAAGAGUUAGAAGUGGAAAACAAAUUUUUAGCAAAAGACAAUGGAUAUAUGUAG